AUGCGCAUCCUCCUCCUCCAGUAUUUGACCGGUCUCUGGCUGCUCUAUCGCAUCGUCCGGGCAGUCGUCAAUAUCUCGCCAUUCCACCCCUUGUACCAGAUUACACGCCCUAAGCUCGCACCCAUCACGUUUCUGUAUGAAGCCUGGUUCGACCUGAUACUCGGCGGACGCUACAGUCUAGAGAAUCAACGCAUGCACGAGAUCUACGGCCCCGUCGUCCGCAUCCACCCCGAAGAACUCCACAUCAACGACAUCGCCUUCACCGACGAGAUCUACUCGACCGGCAAACGCAGACGCAACAAACAAGUUCACCUGAACCUCUUCGCGGGGCCCAUUACCGAAGCCAUGGUUUCAGCGGUCGACCACGACCUGCACCGCCUCCGCCGCAGCGCCGCAAACAAGUUCUUCUCGCGCGCGCAGAUUACCAAACUGGAGGCAGACAUCGAAGACCUCGCGGACCAGCUCUGUGACAAGCUCCUCAACAUCGGUACCAAAAGUGAAGAGCCGAUUGAUCUCGUCACCGCGUACAGCUGUUUCACCUCCGACAUCAUUUCCGGUUACUGCUUCGGCGAGCCCUUUGGCUUUAUAAGACAGAAAUCAUGGGAACCCAACUUCCGACAUGCGUUGCACUCGCUGCUCACCCCGAUGCACGUGUUUCGGUCCUUCCCGCUGCUGAAAGCGAUCGUGGAUCUCAUGCCAUCUGUGGCCAAGUGGUUGGAUCCCCGCGUGAAGGGCUUGGUGGAGGAGGGGAACGAGAAGAUGCCGGCGCGGGUGCACAAAGCUCGACGGGAAUACCAGGCCGGGGAGGCCCCGGAACGACCGGCGAUCUUCAUACUCUGGCUCGGUGGAGAGAGUUACUCGUUCAUUGCGGCGGGGACGGAGACGACCGCUUGGACCCUAACCGUGAUAACCUUCCACCUCUGCCACAACCCCACCCUCCUAGACAAGCUCGCCGACGAGCUCGAUGCCACCGACGCCCUCACUUCCCCCCUGGUCCGACCUCGAAAAACUCCCCUUCCUCCACGCCGUCAUUCAAGAGGGCCUCCGCCUCUCCUACGGGUCAGCCAACGACUGCCCCGCAUCGCCCCCGACGAGCAUCUUACCUACCGUGGCGAGUUUAAGGACCGCGAACUCACUUAUGUUAUUCCCCCCGGCACACCCAUGGGCAUGUCCUCCGUGAUCAACCACCACAACGAGUCCGUGUUCCCGGAUUCGCACGCCUUCCGUCCCGAGCGAUGGCUGGAGGCCGAUGAGACGCAGUGCCGGCGGAUGGAAACCUGCUUGAUCCCGUUUUCGAAGGGUAGUCAUCAGUGUUUGGGGAUGAGUCUGGCGUAUUGCAGUCUCUAUGUCACGCUGCCGGUCCUGGCGCUCCGUGUGCUUCCGCGAAUGAGGCUGUACCAAACCACCGUGGAGGAUGUGGCCUACGAUCAUGAUCUGUGGUUUCCGAUACCGAAAGAGAGUACCAAGGGCGUGCGGGUUGUGAUUUCGUAA